AUGGCACUGUUAUCGCCAUCGAUUUGGGUACUUUCGCUCUCUUGCAAGACAUACUUAUCACAAGGACCAGAUAAUCGUUGCAUACCGUCCUACGUCUCGUUCACCGACAACGAAAUCCUUGUCGGCGAAGCUGCGAAAAACCAAAUCCUUGACAACCCCGACAGGACUAUAUACGGACUCAAGCGGCUCAUCGGCCGGAGCUUCUCUGACCCGGCGGUCCAGGAGAGUGUGGAGGUUCUGCCCUACAAGGUGGUCAAUAAAGCCGGCAAGCCGGCUGUGCAAGUCGUGGUGAAAGGCAAAACCCAGACUUUUUCGCCGGAGGAAAUUCCUGCAUACUUCAAGGAUGAUCAACGUCAAGCAAUCAAGGACGCGGGUGCUAUUAUUGAUCUCAGGAUUCUAAGGCUGGUUAACGAGCCCACUGCGGCAGCAAUUGGCCACCGGCUAGAUCGCAAUGACGAUGAGCGCCAGAUCCUUGUAUAUGACUAUGGUAGCGGUGCACUAGAUGUGUCCAUCCUCGAUGUCGACAUGGGCGUCUUCGAGAUUCUAGCAACGGCUAGCGAUCCCCACCUUGGUGGUGAUGCCCUUGACCAGCGGAUCGUCGAUGAAUUGGCAUGGGGAUAUCACCUGGAACACGACAUUGACGUUAGUACGGACAGGAUCGCAAUGCACAAGCUCAAAGUCGAGGUCGAGCGGGCAAAGAUAGCACUGUCUAAUCUGACGCAAACCUAUCUUGAGAUAGAAUCUUUCUCUAAUGGCAAGGAAUACUCGCGGCUCAUCACUCAAGACUACCUUGCUGGAAUUCAGGAGGAUCUUCUUCAGAGGUCACUGGAAAUAGUUGACCAGGCGUUCAAAGACGCGAAUCGGACGAAGGAAGAGACCAACGACAUUAUACUCGCCGGUGGCUCUAUCCACAGUUCAAGAGUGUCUCAGCUCUUAGACGCUUACUUUGACGGUAAGAAGAACAUCACAGCGGGACAUACGGAAGCCGUGAUACUCGGCGCCAUUGUGCAAGCUGGUGUUCUUUCUGGUGACGAGUCUGAAGAUUGGGGGUGUAUAUUCCCGGAUGACACAGCCGGCAAUCUGACAGUCAAGCUAAUUCCCCGAAAUUACCCUAUGCCAAUACGCAGGACCAAAAUCUUCUCCACGGCAGUCGAUGACCAGCAAGACGUUGUUAUCAAAGUUAUGGAGGGCGAACGGGCAUUGAGCGAGGGCAACGAACUUCUGGGACAGCUCGAGCUGACUGGGAUUCUUCCUGCUCCAAGGGGUGUCCCUCAGAUAGAAGUGGUUUUCGAGCUCGACGAUAAUACGAACCGAUUCCGGGACUGGGAGGCAAUAGAUCGUAUAGUGGCCGAGGCAGAUCAAUUCUUUGAGGAGGAUCAAGCCAUCCGCGAUCGCUUCGACGCGCGAUAUCGUCUUGAUAACGAGGUUUCGUUACGCUCAGCCGGGGGUGAAGGUGGCAAUAGCGAGGAGUAUGACUCCCCGUUACCCCUUUAUUUGGCACAGCUAAUCGAGGCUGCAGAGAUACAACCAUUGUAA